AUGGAACAGACAAAGAGAAAGGAGGAGGACAAGGAAAGAAAUCUCACCAAGAUGUGCCGGACAUUGAUUUGCUGGGCGCCUUUGACAUCGCCCUUCUUGGCAUCGCUGCCGCCCUUCUUGUCGCCACCCUUCUUGUCGCCUCCCUUCUUGUCGCCUCCCUUCUUGUCGCCUCCCUUCUUGGUUUCGGCCGCUUUGCCCUUUGCCAUGGCGAACGGUGCUUCUGCUUCACGGAUGAGGGAACUCGUUUGA